CUCGAGCGGGAUUUCCGCCUCGGCGUCGCGAUCCGCCAGCGCGUCGAACUUACGCGCCGAGUUGAAAUCCAUGGUGAACGACUUAGCGCUCGCACAGGAUGGUUUAGGCACGCCGCAGCGUCUGCUUAAAGCUCAAUCCAAAAUCGAACAGAUGUUGGCGAGGGUCAAGCGCGAUCGCGUUCGCGCCGGCGAGUUUUCCCAAUCCGCGUCGUAGCCUCGUCAGCACAACGCGACUCUGGAUGGCAUCCACCGACACGAAGGCGAUGAAAGAAACACCUCUCAGCGUGCUUAGCCGCACCAACUUGGCAAAGUAUCUCACUGAGAGACAUGCACUCGCGGGAAAGACGUGCGGUGACCAACCUGAAUCGCUUCGCGGCAAAUGUACGCUGGUUUUGUCUAGCGACUCUUCGUUUCAGGAAGCGUUGAGCAGUAUGAACCGGUUCCGCGUCUCUUCGAUGCCGUUAGUGCGGUACAAGUCUGGUGCGAGUCGAGAUGUCGGUGCAUACGACGCGCUGUGCUUUCUAUCGAACGGUGAUCUCGUGACGACGCUGAUCGAGGCGUGCGACAAAGCCGAAUUGAACGCGCGGGACGACGACGUUCUCGGUCUCAUGGGACGAAUGGCGACGAUCGGACUCGAGAUCGAAAGUCUGCCGCUGAAGCAAGCGAGAACGAAGUGGGAUGGGACUGUGAUAUGGAAGAGCGCUACGGCGACACAAUCUCUGGCCGAGUGUUUGGAGCGAUGCCUGUAUAUCUCGCCGAGCGAAAAGCCGGGUGAUGUUCGUUUGCGCGCGCUUCCGCAUCGCUUCGCCGUCAUGAAUUCAGACAACGCGAUUGAACACAUCGUUUCGCAAUCGGACAUCGUGAUGUACUUGCACACCAAUCGCGACAUUCUCACGCCACUGUUUACUGAAGCCACCGUGAAUGAGCUUGGGUUGGCGAGCACGCCGGGGAUCGCCUUCGUCGGCGCGUCGACACCGACGAUCGAGGCGUUUCGCGAAAUGGAGCGUCACCGCGUCGGGGCGGUGCCAAUCGUAGACGAAGCCACGCGGACGCUGAUUGGGACAUUGAGUGAGUCUGAUUUGACGCAUUUACGAGGAGGCGCUUCGUUUGCCGCGUUGGCUCUACCCGUCGCGGAGUUCCUUCUGCACGCGCACAAACUGUCGGUGUCCACGCCCGCGCAACAAUCGGGUGGGCUGUACAACCCAAACACCAGCGCGUUUGCCGCCGCGUUGAUGCGGCAUCGCGAGAGAUUGGUGGUCUCGUGCAGGCCAUCGGAUACACUCACGGACGUUUUGACGAAAAUGGACGUGAACGCGGUGCAUAGAGUGUGGGUCGUCGACGACGCCGGCGUGCCGACAGGCGUCAUCGCGCUCGCGGACGUCCUUGCAGUCAUUGCGCAAAUGGGAAUGUCCACCGAAGAGGUUGCAAAGCAGCGCGACAAAAUGGUGGUCGCGUGA